GUUACUUUCUCUGUUUGCAACCCAUGGCAUAUAUACUCUUGUUUGUCAUCAUCUUCAUUUUCAGCCUCCUUUUCAUUCACCGGAGCACUCGCCGGCGGCGAUACCAUCUACCGCCGGGAAGCUAUGGACUUCCCUUUGUGGGAGAGACUCUCCAGCUAAUAUCUGCUUACAAAAGUGACAACCCAGAACCGUUCAUUGACCAGCGAGUGAACCGAUACGGUCCAAUCUUCACAACCCAUCUUUUCGGAAAACCGACUGUUUUUUCGACUGACCCGGAAACGAACCGGUUUAUUUUAAUGAACGAAGGGAAGCUUUUUGAUUGUAGUUACCCCGGUUCAAUAUCGAACCUUUUGGGAAAACAUUCUCUGCUUCUUAUGAAAGGUUCACUUCAUAAGAGAAUGCAUUCGCUUACAAUGAGUUUUGCUAACUCUUCUAUUAUUAAGGAUCAUCUUCUUCUUGAUAUUGACCGUCUUAUUCGCCUUAACUUCGAUUCUUGGUCCGACCGGGUUCUUCUCAUGGAGGAGGCUAAGAAGAUAACAUUUGAGUUGACAGUGAAGCAACUGAUGAGUUUUGAUCCAGGUGAAUGGACUGAAACUCUAAGGAAAGAGUAUGUUCUUGUCAUUGAAGGAUUUUUCACACUUCCCUUACCACUCCUCUCUGCUACCUACCGCAAAGCCAUCACGGCACGAACAAAGGUGGCUGAGGCAUUAACAUUGAUUGUGAGGCAAAGAAGAAAAGACAGUGUAAUGGGGGAGACAAAAAAAGACAUGCUUGGUUCAUUAUUGGCCUCCGGCGACCAAUUUUCCGACGAGCAAAUAGUUGAUUUUAUGUUGGCAUUGCUCGUCGCCGGCUAUGAAACCACCUCUACCAUAAUGACUCUUGCAGUCAAGUUCCUUACCGAAAAUCCUCUAGCAUUGGCACAACUCAAGGAAGAGCAUGACCAAAUUAGAGCAAACAAGUCUUGUGAAGACGAACCGCUCGAGUGGACAGAUUACAAGUCAAUGGCAUUUACUCAAUGUAUUGUGAAUGAGACUUUAAGAAUCGCAAACAUAAUUGGUGGGAUAUUUAGGGUUACAAUGCAAGACAUCAAUAUCAAAGGUUAUACUAUUCCAAAGGGAUGGCAGGUGUUUGCGUCAUUUCGUGCGGUACAUUUAAAUUCUGAUUAUUUCAAAGAUGCCCGCACCUUCAAUCCAUGGAGAUGGCAGAAAAAUUCGGAAGUAUCGAGCCCUGCAAAUGUAUAUAUGCCGUUCGGAGGAGGGCCGCGAUUGUGCCCCGGAUACGAGCUAGCGAGAGUUGUACUCUCCGUGUUUCUUCACCGUUUUGUGACUCGUUAUAGUUGGUCUGCAGAAGAAGAUAAGUUGGUGUUUUUCCCAACAACUAGGACGCAAAAGAGGUAUCCUAUCAUACUGAAGCGUAGACUGGAAUCAAAAUCAACUUGAUUAUUAGUGACCUGUGCUGAGAGAAUAAGAAAGAGCACCAUCAGGUUUAGAUGAGUUUAAUAAGUUUUAAUGCUUUUUAAAUAAAAACAAUAAUAUAUUUUAAUGUCUAAUAUAAGCAAAUUAAACUAGUUUAGUGGUUUUUGUGUUUCUUUUUUAUGGUUAUAAGUUGUCUUGCUAAAUCUAUAUAUGGGAGAAUGAAAAUGAGGGUGCCAAAGAUAAACCCUCGUUACACUGUAAAUAAUAAUAAAAUGAGGGUGGAGAAUGAAAUGGUUGAUUUUCUUUUACAA